AUGAAUAAUAGCACAAGUCUGAACAAUAGCACAAGUCUGAACAACAGCACAAGUCUGAGCAAUAGCACAAGUCAUCAACUAACGGCGGACGCUUCGAGAUUUCUUUGUGAUUUAUUGAAGAUCUAUCGAUCAAGACCAACAUCCGAGUCUCGAUUGGCUAGUUAUAUCAUUGGCGCCGAACCGGGAAUUCACUUGCGUGGUGCAUUUUAUGCUGCUGCUGUACUUCGAUUUGGUUUGCUGAUCCGAUCGAUGCGUUCGGGAACAGAUGAAGUAAAGUUGUGGGAAGGAAGGGGCGCUGCGAUUGCCACCUUGGGCAUAAGUCAAAAUCAACGACCAGAAGGACAACCAGCCCGUACACGUUUGGCAUCUUUACUUCGAAAUCCUAUCCUCGGAAAUGCCAUCAUGAUUUUUAUCCCUAUAGCAGUAACAGUGACCAUCUUUACUGUUUUUAUCAUUGCUAACGUACAUUCAAGAGCAUUACAAACUUCAUUGAUAAAAAUCUUUGAACAAAUCGGAAAAUUCCCUAGUACAACUAAUUGUACUUCUCAAGGGUUCAUAACAGAACUUCCUGGUACAAAGCUCAUUCAAAUCUUACCGAUAACUUAUUCAGAAACUUAUUCAGAAAGGAAUAGGCAAAGUUAUGUAACUGGAAAUAGUGAUUCUUUCAACUCUUAUUCAAGUAAUCGUAUCAAAUCUAACGAUAGUGGAACGAGAGAAAUGGAUAGAGCUUUCAAUGCGAUUAUCGUGAAUAUUGGUGUUUUGAAACAAUCAAUUACUGCACCAUCAUCUAAAGAAUUAAAAUCAUUUAAAAAAACUAAAAAAGCAUCUGAAGUUAGUUUUAGUUUUGAUCAUCUAAAUCAUCCAAGAAAUUUAAAUCAUAAUGGUACUAUUACUUCUCGUGGUGAAAUCUUCGGUCAAGCUAUUUAA